UUGUGCUCGUAUUUUCCAAACGUCAAGCGCGUGAUGGAUGACUGUUGAGUUGCUAUCGACGGCGGAGCAGGAAUUGCUGCGGAUCCCAGGCAUUAAGACGCAGAGCGAAUAAAAGCGACGAAAGCGUGUGGUCGGCGACAUCUUCGAAUUGCGUUGGAAGCGAUGAGCUUGUCCCGGGCAAGAAGAAAGCGCUGACAGCGACGUGACGGUUUAUAUGGUUUGGACAGACUGAGAACAUUGUACAGGGCAGUGAAUAUUAGCAAAUGGAGAACUAUUUCCAGGCUGAAGCAUUUAAUCUGGACAAAGUGUUGGAUGAAUUUGAGCAGAAUGAAGAUGAGACGGAGUCCCCAAGUGUAUUUGAGGCAAAGUGGAGUCAGAUUUUGGAUCCACCCUCUCACCUGCUGUCUUUAAAUCCAGCCUUGUCUAAUGUCAAUGUUGGAGCUUUAUCCAAUGAGGUGCAAGCAAAACUAAAAUGCUGUGCUUCACCCAACACAGAGAUUUCAGUCUUUGGGGGAGGGGAUCACUGCCUUAAUGGAAAUGAUUCCACAGAAAGCCUAGGACUCGACGUUCAUUGGAUUAAUGAUGAAGGAGCUCCUGUGGAUAACAAAAGCAAUUGUAGCCAUUGGCCAAACUUUAAAUCAUCAGUGAAGUCUGCUUGUGAACAUGAACUAACUCCUUCUGAAGAUAUGAAUUCUUCAGGUAUAUUUGGGAUAAUUGUACAGAAUUCUGACUGUCAGUUGGAACAGUGUAGUGACCUUUUGGAGGAAGAUAACACAAAUAGUCAAAAUGCAUUGAAUGUUAACAGUUUUUUGGUAGAAAGCUCAAAUCCGCAAAGUGGACCAUUAUUAUCUGCUGUGAAUGGCGAUUCUGAGAAGGCAGGUAAAAUGAAAAGUAUUAAACAAUUCAGCACACCCUGUGGAGACGAGUUAUCUGUGAAAUCUUCACUUGGAAAUUUAGUGAACUGUACAGAUUUAGAAAAUGUAUCGCCUAAUUCAAAAGAGUCUUGGAGAGCUGAUGAUUUGUCAGUUAUUUGUGAACAGACUGAAUUGUCUGGAUUGGAUGGUGCUGCUGUUACAAACAAAUUAAGUGAUUCAAUCUCUAGAAAAACUGAAACAAAUGAUACAAUUACUGAGCUAGAAGAUGAGUCAAUGCAGGUUAAAAAUAAUUUUGUUGUAAAAAGUGGAGAUGAUUUGGAUGACUUGGCAAAAACAAUGAUAUUGGGUGAUCUGGAUAAUUUUACUGGGAUCAAAAUAGACUCUGAGACAGCACAAUCCCAACAGUGUGGGUCCUGUUCUGACAAUAGGCAGCCAAAUUUGAUUGCAGUGCAAUGUAAUUCCACAAAUAAUGGCAAUUGUGGAAAUGAUGAACACCAUUUUGAAAAUGACAACAGUACAAUGAGUAUAAGUGAUGAAAUGGCUGUUUGCCAAAAAACUAGUGACAUUUUGUUCACGCAGAGUGACUUAUCUAAUCGCUCAAAUAAAAUGUCGUCAUCUCAGACGGACACAGCAAUUGAUCGGUUAACUCCACACACAAAGCAAGUUAGUCAUGAAGGACUGGAAGGAAAGAAUAGUGAGAUUGUUUUAGAUCUAACAAAACCAGUGACGGAAUCUGCAAUGUCGAAUGACGAUUGGUUGCAAAGGUCUUCUCCUUUGUGUGCUGACAUGAAAAAGACGGUGUCAACAUCUUGCUAUUCAUGUGAUGUAUUAGACUCUCUGUCAAUUUCUAAUUCAACAAUGGCUUGUGUUUCUAAAUCUUUGCCUUUAAAAGAAGAUUCAGUAACUGAAGAAAAGGAAAGAGAGGAGAGCAAAUCAGAAAGUUGCUUCAUUCAACACCAAGAAAGCAGUGCAGUGGAACCUGGAAUAGCUAAUGAUAUGACCAGAUUAAGUAUUUCUACAGAUAUUGCAGAGCAGUUGAGAGACAACUAUUUUAACACCCCCAGUCCAUCUGCUGCAAUAACUGGUGCACAGGAUGAGGCAGAAAAAUUAGCUUUAAAUAAUGCACAGUCUGCUAGUAUUCCAUUUGGAGGUGCGAGACCGAAGCAACCUUUGAAUUUGAAACUACAAAUCCCAAAACCUUUGACCAACCAAUUAUUGAAUGACUUGGGCUCAAGUAACCCUGCACAAAAUACAAAAAAUAAAAAUAUCGGUUUCAUUGAUAAAACAGAACCGUCUGAAGAUUCCUGUUUGUGUGCUUUGAAUGAUGGUAAUUCAGUUCCAGAUUGCAGCAAUGAUGUUGAUGACUUUGGAGCGUGUUAUUCUGGUGAUUCCAAAGAUAUCAACUCAGACUAUGUUGUAGAAUCUGAAAGUCCAAAUAAUGACCUGCGAAUUGGACAGUUUCCAGGACUUCUCAAAAAGCCAUUUACAAGCUUGGGUGAUGUUGCUCCAGUAUGGGUACCAGAUUCCCAAGCACCUAACUGCAUGAAAUGUGAGAUGAAGUUUACAUUCACAAAGAGACGUCAUCACUGCAGAGCUUGUGGAAAGGUUUUCUGUGCAGCUUGUUGCAGCCUGAAGUACAAGCUAAGUUAUAUGGAUAUGAAGGAAGCUCGAGUUUGUGUAACUUGCCACUCUGUUCUAACACGUUCUCAAGCUUGGGAGAAUAUGUUUAAUGCCUCAGCUUCAAGCCCAAAUCCUAAUAAUCCUGCUGAAUAUUGUUCAACUAUACCACCACUGCAACAAGCUCAGGCAUCAGGGGCACUUAGUUCUCCACCACCCACAGUAAUGGUUCCUGUGGGAGUUCUGAAAUAUCCUGGCACAGAAGUGACUCACCCAAAGGAGCAACGACGAGUCUGGUUUGCUGAUGGAAUCUUACCAAAUGGAGAAGUUGCAGAUGCAGCAAAACUGUCAUCAGGUGGGCCAUCUAUGACAGGAUCUUUGACAGUAUCACAUGAUCCUGGUAAAGAAGUUGCAACAAAACCCACAGCCUCUGAGAAUGUGGCUUCAUCAUUAAGUAGUACAGCUCAGAUUGGCAGUCCAGUUGGAAGUGCAAUUAAUUUGGUCCCAGAAAAUGGGCUCCCACCUAUUCUCAUCUCUACAGGCGUCAAAGGAGAUUAUGCAGUUGAGGAACAACCCUCACAGGUCUCUCUAAUGCUGCAGCUGGAAGAAGGAGGCCCUGACCCUCUAGUUUUUGUUUUAAAUGCCAACUUACUUGUCAUGGUCAAACUUGUCAAUUAUGUAAACAGGAAAUGUUGGUCCUUCACUACUAAGGGAAUGCAUGCUGUGGGGCAGGCAGAGAUAGUCAUCCUCUUGCAGUGUUUACCUGAUGAGAAAUCUAUCCCAAAGGACAUCUUCAAUCACUGCAUACAGCUUUAUCAAGAUGCUCUGGCAGGUAAUGUUGUUGGAGAAUUGGGCCACUCCUUCUUUACCCAGAGUUUUCUUGGCAGUAGGGAACAUGGUGGAUUUCUGUAUGUCACAGCUACUUUUCAGUCGUUACAGGAUUUGGUGCUACCCAGUCCACCUUACCUGUUUGGCAUUUUAAUUCAAAAAUGGGAAACUCCUUGGGCUAAAGUUUUCCCAAUUCGUCUCAUGCUACGUCUUGGAGCAGAAUAUAGAUUUUAUCCAUGUCCAUUGUUCAGUGUGCGUUUCCGUAAACCUCUGUUUGGAGAGACAGGGCAUACUAUUAUGAACCUACUUGCGGAUUUCAGGAAUUACCAAUACAAGUUACCUGUAGUACAAGGACUUGUGGUUGACAUGGAAGUGAGGAAGACAUGCAUCAAUGUUCCUAGCAACAGAUACAAUGAGAUGAUGAAGGCAAUGAACAAAUCAAAUGAGCAUGUGUUGGCUUUCGGAGCUUGCUUCAAUGAGAAGGCAGAUUCACAUUUGGUGUGUGUUCAAAAUGAUGAUGGGAACUACCAAACACAAGCCAUAAGUAUCCACAACCAGCCUAGAAAGGUAACUGGAGCCAGUUUUUUUGUGUUCAGUGGCGCUCUGAAAUCAUCUUCUGGCUACCUGGCCAAAUCUAGCAUUGUUGAAGAUGGUAUGAUGGUGCAAAUCUCAGCUGAAACAAUGGAUUCUCUACGACAGGCAAUUCGGGAAAUGAAAGACUUUACCGUAACCUGUGGCAAAACAGAUGCUGAAGAAACGCAGGAGCACGUUCACAUCCAUUGGACAGAAGAUGACAAAAAUAUCAACAAAGGUCUCAUCAGUCCAAUUGAUGGCAAAUCCAUGGAUGAAAUUCCAAGUGUGAAGAUAUUUCAUGGUUCAGAAUUCAAAACAAAUGGCAAAGUCAUUAGAUGGACAGAGGUGUUCUUCCUGCAGAGUGAGGAACAACCAAGUGAUCUUAGUGACCCAGCAGAUCACAGCAAGCUUGCAGAGAAUAUGGCCAAGGCAUUUUGCUUGGCACUCUGUCCCCACCUUAAACUGCUGAAAGAAGAUGGAAAAUCAAAACUGGGCCUCCGUGUCACACUAGAUUCAGACCAGGUUGGAUACCAAACUGGUAGCAAUGGACAACCCCUUCCUUCACAAUACAUGAAUGAUCUUGACAGCGCUUUGGUUCCAGUUAUCCAUGGUGGAGCAUGUCAGCUGAGUGAAGGGCCAGUUGUGAUGGAACUCAUCUUUUACAUUCUGGAGAGCUUCUCCUAGAAAC